AUGAAAAAAGAAGAAGUUUCUAGCCUCGUUGCCUUUUAUGUAAAGCUGGGCAAGCACUUUGCACAGUACUGCAAAAUACAGAAGCAGCAAAGAGCUCUGUGCGCCCCGCAGGUGCUGGAGCACCUGGAAAUCCAGAAAGACGCAGUUCUGCAGGAAGUAAGCGCCCUGCUUAAAAGCGCAAAACCCCCGAUCCGCACAGAAAGCGCCCAGUCUGCGCCUGCCAGAAGAAAGCCCAGCUUCCCCCGCACGCACACGCCCAGAAAGGGCCUUUGCGCGCAGAGAUUCUCCCCCGCACGAGAAACGCACAGUGCCCCGCCCAGGACCUUGCGCGACAUCUUCGCAUGGCUGAACCCUUCCUACUCCUAUGCCCAGUUUCUGCACAUCAUCCAGAGCAACGCCCGGGAGAAGGAAAAAUUCCGGUCCGAGUACGAGGAGGUAGAGACAAAAAGGAGAGUCGCGGAGUACCUCAAAAAAGUCGCCCGCCCCAGAAAGUGCGCGCCUGCAUCUUUUGCGUACACAACCCUGCGGGAAAAGUCGUACUGCAUUCCCUGCAGAAGGCCCAUAAGCAAUAAAAUGCUCGAGCGGCACGCUCUUUCAAAAGCCCACGAAGUGGAAAGGCCGCUGUACCUCAGAGUAACGGAGGCCCAGGCAAACCGCAUUGCAAGCGAGUACUCCCGCUGCGUCCGGGGCAGCAGAAUGCACCUCCGGCAUAUCGCCCAAAAAACCGCAGAAGCAGCCCAAAAAAUAGUCUCUCUUGCCCCGUACACAGAAACAGAAAGCACACCCCAUGGGCCCAGGAAGAGCCUGCACGCGUGCUCGCUCUGCAGGAAAACGUACUCCUCAGAGGGCCACUUUGCAAGACACUUCGCCCUGCAGGAGCACAAAAACGCCCUCAAAGCUCUCGGCAUAAAAAACCCCGGCGACUACACAGGACUCACAACGCCAGACGCAGUCCGCAUCAGAAGAACGCUCUACUUCGCAGAGACACAUAAAUAA